AGGAAAAGAAGAUAGGGUCAGGAUAAAUAUUAUAAAGUUAAUGAUGAGAAAAGUUGUUUCGUUCAUCUGUGUUUGAUUUGUGACAUGCUUCCGGUCUUGAGCGCAACUAUCUUUAGCCAUGGACUGAUCAUUAAAAGUUGUACAUGUGCAGUAGCUCCUCUACAAUACAAGAGAGAAGGUAUGUUGGGGCGGAGCUACCCAACAGCCAGAGCUGAAUUGACUCCCAAGUAUGCAGCACUUCCAGGUUCGGUGUUCAGUGGCAUGUGAACUUCAGGUCGGCGCAGACUGCUGGAAUGAUUGAAACUUACUGUAAAUGACUUUCCAAGUAUUGUCUACUCUGCAGCGAAACACUUCAGAGUAAGAUGGGAUUGGCUCCAGCUCGUCCCUGACCCGAAUGAGGAAUCGCCCCCUCGCAUUGUUGCCCAAGGCAGCGCACUCGCAUCGUCACUCAUCAUCCUGCUGGGAUCUGUCGUCCAGAAGAAGCGAGCAUAAGUUGUGCACGGGGGUCACGUUGAGAACUCGAAGUGGGCGGCACCUGUCAACACAUCAGGAUUUUGACUUUCAGCUCAGCCGAGUGCAGAUCGACAGCAUUCUGCGAGCAAAUGAGCAGAGUGUGAGCGUGCCAGCGUUUGAUGGACGGGGGCGUAGCCUGGUGCGAAAGUUUGAGAGCAACCACUUAGCCGCCAACACCCCCAAUGAAGACCGGCGUAGCGCAGCCUCCUGUUUGCAGGCUAAAGGCACGCUCUUCGGCGUGUUUGAUGGCCACGGUGGCUGGGCGUGCGCGCAGGCCGUCAGCGAGCGCCUGCUGUACUACAUCACUGUCGCUAUGAUGCCUAAGCGCAGCCUGGAGGAGCUGGAGAAUUGUGUGGAGCACGGCAGGCCGGCCCCACCCGUCUUGCAGUGGUAUAAGCACCGCACCGACUUUAAUUACCGCGACUCUGCUUCACUCUACGCCCACCACCUCAGAGUUUUCUGGCAGGAGCUGCUGGACAGCCAGGAACACGGGGAGGGCAUGUGCCCUUCGGAUGCCAUGCAUUACGCCUUCAAGCGACUGGAUGCCGACAUCUCCUUAGAGGCUCAAGUUCCUCUGUCCAAUGACCUGAUGAAGACCACAGCCAUCCAGGUUGCCUUCGCCGGGUCAACAGCCUGCGUGGCUCACAUCGGCCCGGAGGGCAUCCACGUGGCGAACGCCGGUGACUCCAGAGCGGUGUUGGGUGUACAGGAGGCCGAUGGCUCUUGGACCGCAGUGCCCCUCUCUCAGGACCACAACUGCUGCAACCGGGCUGAGCUAAGGCGCGUCAGGGCCCAGCACCCGCCCUCAGAAAGGCGGACUGUGGUCACAGAUGACAGACUUUUAGGGGUUUUGAUGCCCUCUCGAGCAUUUGGUGACGUGAGGUUCAAGUGGAGCCACGAGUUGCAGCGGAGCAUUUUGGCUAGCCUGGAGUCCAGCGUGGACCCGGACUCGCUCAACCUGUAUCACUACACCCUGCCCAACUACCUGACGCCGCCCUACCUGGACGCGGCUCCGGAGGUGACGUACCGCAAAGUGAGGCCGCAGGACCGCUUCCUGAUCCUCGGCACUGAUGGGCUGUGGGAUGAGCUGAGGAGCCAGGAGGCCGUACGGCUCGUCGGCGAGCACCUGAGCGGCAUUCACCUGCAGUCUCCCGUCUCUCAGUCGGAGCGUCAGCUGAAGCUGGGCCAAAUGCACCAGCUCCUCCUCAAGCGUCAGGCUCGCGCCAUGCCAGCCUCGGACGACAACGCCGCCACGCACCUCAUUCGGCACGCCCUGGGCACCGGUGAGUACGGCGAGCUGUGCCACGAGAGGCUGGCGUCCAUGCUGGCCCUGCCACAGGACCUGGCUCGCAUGUACCGCGAUGACAUCACGACCAUCGUGGUGUAUCUGAACACGUGAUUGAUUGACUCACUGUGAAUGGCUUGAUGUUUUAAACCCAAAACAACACUUGUCACAUGAUUUCUCAUAUUUGUUCCACGAAAUUGUAUUAAUUUAUGCCCAGAAGUCUGUUCUCUUGAUUUCAUUGCGUUUCUUCCGGUAUGUGUCCGUUGAUGUUUUUUUUUUUUUUUUUUUUGGUCCAAUCAUAUUUCACCCUCUGAUUCAUUCCAAAAUUGGCGGACAAUUUAGGUAGCAACGUUUCUAAAAUAUGAUCGCUUAUUUAAUUAAAUUUUUGUUUUUCGGAAAAACGGGUAAUAAAAUGUCAUAGAAUAAAAAAUAAUAAUAAUUCCUGCGCAAUAAUCAAUGGUACAUAAAAUAAAAAAAUAUUGCUGAAUAAAUCUUGACAAUUAAAGUUGCAUUUUAUGUGACAAUUUUUUUUUUUUUUAGUAUUACUCUAAUUGCGGUGACAGGGUUACAAAUCCAUGCUAAUGUCAAAGGGGUUUUGCUCAAGAGUACAUGCUAGCUGGUGUGCAAAGUGGUCAAGAACAAAUUUAGCUUAAAGAAGAAAAACUUUGUAAUUUUCGGAUUAGUUACAAAACAGGGUUGCAUUGGUUUGAGUGACACAAUUCAUUGUGUCUGAAUAUAUUGGAAAAACAAAUUAAAAUGUGAAGAGAUCAGAGCAAUUAGCUUGAUGAUGUCAUUUCUGCAGUCAUGUACCUCACUUUUUUCUCUUCCUCUACUGUAGAUUGCUGAUGAAGUCUUCGUAACAGGGUUGUGUGUUUGUUGAGAGACACAAUUUAAGACCUUAUUACGUUACAAUUUAAAUGUGUGUGAUACAACUAAAUAUUUUAACAAACUUAAGAACGAUAUAUCAACAAAAUCAUACCAAAAAUGCUGAGGUAGCAAAUGCGCGGCCCACCACUGGUAUUUAGAGUUUACAGGCUUUUGUUUGGAAAUUUGCAGAGCCCUUAAGUAUCAGAUUGUAUCAUAUCAGGUCAAACACAUAAUGUGAAGAAGUCGUUAGAUUACAUUUUAGAAAUGCACAUUCAAUUAUUUUUGUCUUUUUAGGGCAUUUUUUUCUGUCAUAUGUUGAGAAUAACACACACAUUGUUCGUUUUUAAUCACUAUUGCCUGUAUUUUUGGGGGGUGACAAACAACUAGUUUUCAACGCAGGCCAAAUCAUAGUUAUGGAUGCCCUUGGGGACUUGGUUAUAACACUAAAACCACAUUAAUCUACUUUGGUUAGGGCUGUAACUGUGGGCCUUGUACCUUUUUAUUUUGAGCUCAUGGUUUGGUUCUACAGAAAGGGAGCAAAAAGUAAAACAAACUGCUUAUGUUUUGUGUAAACAGGGACAGAUUUAAAGUGAAGCAUGAACAGUGUCACUCUUCUCUCCUUCGAAAAGUGCAGCAUUAAAAGUUCAUUACCUUUUUAGAAGAUGAAGGGUGACAAGUGCAACAGUUUAAACAGCCUGAAGGAUUGUGCUACAUAAAUAAUACGGGCUUUGACGCCAUUUGGAGAGGCUGUUUAGAUGCCACUGGAGGUUGCAUUUGUACAGUGCUAGUUUGAAAAAUUAUAUACAAAUCAUUAGGCUAACCUUGACAUCUGCUUUCCAGAAGAUAAGCUGCACUGUGUUUGUUUACGGAGCAGGUGUGCGACAGUUGCACUUUCUGUCCCUAACCUCGUGGACACAUCAGAUUACAUGAUUGAUUAUAUUUGAUGAGAAUCUUUUUUAUGGUGGAGUACUUUGACAUCUGUUCUGUAGACAAUCGAUGUGUUACUGUUGAAUUCAAUGCUGUUGAAUGUUAACAUACUCUCUUUGUCACUAUGAUUUUUCACUAAAUAAAGGGAAGAAUAAAAGACGUAUAUACGAUAAUCUA